CAGGGUGCUGCUGCUGCUGCUGAAACAAGAUGGCUGUGCGCGCAGGAGGAGCCGCGGAAGAGAGCUGAGGCAAUGCAGAGGAGGAUGAAGAGGGGGGCGAGGAUUUCACUCCCGUGUGUCUUGUCCUGUCAAAAGAGCAGCAGCUCUGCGGAGAAACAGAAGAGCGGUUGCGCUAUGAAGCUAAUUGGUUUCCGCUACCAUUUACGGUGACGGUUUGGGCGGUUUGAGAUUUUUUAUUUUUUUGUAACCAAGAGACGAACCAAACAAAUCCCGGAGCUCUCAGUAGAGGACAGCCGGGGACGCUCACGCCGCUACCAGAGAUGUCCCUGCUAUGUGUGGGAGUGAAGAAAGCCAAGCUGGAUGGACCCCAAGAGAAAUUCAACACUUAUGUGACUCUAAAGGUACAAAAUGUGAAGAGCACAACCAUUGCUGUCAGGGGCAACUUGCCCAGCUGGGAGCAAGACUUCAUGUUCGAAAUUAACCGCUUGGACCUGGGUCUGACAGUAGAGGUGUGGAACAAAGGGUUAAUCUGGGACACCAUGGUUGGCACUGUGUGGAUUCCCCUCCAUGGCAUCCGACAGUCAAAUGAGGAGGGUCCGGGGGAGUGGCUCACACUGGACUCUCAGGUCAUCAUGAAUGAUAAUGAGAUCUGUGGCACCAAAGAGCCCACUCUCCACCUGGUGCUGCUCGACACACGCUUUGAACUGCCCCUCGAUAUCCCCGAGGAUGAGGCACGAUACUGGGCUAAAAAACUGGAGCAGCUCAAUGCCAUGAGGGACCAAGAUGAGGAGCAGGAACGCCCUCUACGUGUACCAGGAACCCAGUGCUGUAACUGGAGUCUCUGGGGAGACCAACAAAAUGAAGACCCAGACAGUGCUGUGGACGACAGGGACAGCGACUACCGCAGUGAAACCAGUAACAGCAUCCCCCCUCCCUACUACAGCACAUCCCAGCCCAACGCGUCUGUCCACCAGUAUCCCAUCAGCCAGCAGCACCGCAGCUCCAGAAGCUUGUCUUACCCACACUCUGGAGUCAGCCAUGACCUUGACUACCAACAUCAGAGGACUGUCAGUCCGUCGGGGAGCUACGCAUCGUCUGCAGAGCUGAGUCGGUGCAGCAGUCAGCUGAGCGAGGAGGACUAUGGGGUUGAGUAUGCAGAGAGGGACCCUUACGACGAGAACGACUCUUACCACUCCUGCCACUCCUCGGUUAGCUGCAGUAAAGGCUCUCCAGACUGGGACCCCGAUGAGAUCCAAGGGGCGUACAGCGAUGAGGGCGGCUACAGCAAAGACGGAGGAGAGGAGGCGGCUCUGUACGAGGAGGAUGACGGAGGACUGUAUGAGGGAGAAGUGGAGGGCCUCUAUGAGGAUGAGGAGAUGAUAUAUGAUGAGGAGGAUUUGUACAACUUGGAAGGGACCCUCAGUGAGGACAUGGAGCCUCCAUUUACCCCCACCCCAACGUCAACAGCUCCCCCAACUCUGGAUGUACCAAGCUCCAGACCUCCUCUGGAGAAACAGCCAUCUUUACACCAACAGCAGCCCCCUACUCAACCUCCCAACCAAACAUCCAACCAGUCUCAUCCACCUGGCCUGGCCCCAUCAGCACAGCCCCCCUCUGGUCAACCAACAGCCCAACCACCUAAACAGCCCCAGCCACAAACACAGCCAGCCCCAGCCCCAUCUGCCACUUCCUUCUUCUCAAUGGCCAAACCUCUAACUGCUGCAGUCACAGGCUUGGCCUCUACUUUCUUGUCUUCUGUUCCCACCGGGCAUCCUGCCCAGUCUCACCCUCCAGCCUCAGCCGUAGUGCAACCAAACCAGUCUGCUGCAGCCACUGUUGUCCCUCCAUCCCAUCCAGCCCACGUGGCUAACUCGGCCUCCCAGCCCCCCUCGACUGCCAUGGGCCCUUCCUCCCAACAGACCCAAUCCUCUGGGCAGCCUCAAUCCAAUCUCGAUGGUGCUGCCACCACUCAGUCAGCUUCCCCUGAGGACCAUGCUCUACAGCUGGAGGAAGAGCCUUGGUUAGAGGAGGAAAUGAUGGCCAGGACGCCCCCUGCUCAGCCAGAGGAGACAUUCUCCAUGGAGGAGAAAGAGGAGGAUUUUGAAGAGAGCAGUCCGCCGACACCAGAAGAGGAAGAAGAGAUGCUUCCUGACAGUCCUCCAGUCAUAGAAGAGCCCAAAGAGCCAGUGGAUCCAACAGUCAGAGCCAAAGAGAACUGGCUACGGCUCUACAAUAAAGUCUUAGAACAGCUUCGGGAGGCUCGAGGAGAGACCUCCAGCUCGCUAUGGUUUGGUAAAGGAGGAGUGGGAGGUGCACUCUACAGUAUUGACAGCAUGCCUGACCUUCGCAAGAGGAAAGCCAUUCCUCUUGUCCGAGACCUGUUAAUGUCUCUAGUGCAGAGCUCUCGUAAGGCUGGAAUCACCUCCGCCAUGGCUUCCACCACUCUUGGCAAUGAAGAGCUGAAAAGUCAUGUCUAUAAAAAGACCCUGCAGGCUCUGAUCUACCCCAUCUCCUCCACUACUCCACACAACUUUGAGGUGUGGACUGCCACCACACCCACCUACUGCUACGAAUGCGAGGGGCUGCUUUGGGGUAUCGCCCGACAAGGCAUGCGUUGCUCUGAAUGCGGCGUCAAAUGCCACGAUAAGUGCCAAGAUCUGCUCAAUGCCGACUGUCUGCAGAGAGCUGCAGAGAAGAGCUCCAAGCACGGGGCGGAGGACCGAACACAGAAUAUCAUCAUGGUCCUGAAGGACCGCAUGAAGAUCCGAGAGAGGAACAAACCAGAAAUCUUUGAACUAAUCCUGGAAGUGUUCGCCCUUGAUAAAACAACACAUGGCACACAAAUGAAACAAAUCAAGCAGAGUGUGCUUGAUGGGACCUCCAAAUGGUCAGCGAAGAUCAGCAUCACUGUGGUUUGUGCUCAAGGCCUGCAGGCUAAAGACAAAACAGGCUCCAGUGACCCUUAUGUAACUGUUCAAGUUGGAAAGACCAAGAAGAGAACCAAGACCAUCUAUGGAAACCUCAACCCUGUCUGGGAAGAAAACUUUCACUUUGAAUGCCACAACUCGUCUGACCGUAUCAAGGUUCGCGUGUGGGACGAGGAUGAUGACAUCAAGUCACGCGUGAAACAGAGGUUCAAACGUGAGAGCGAUGACUUCCUGGGCCAAACCAUCAUCGAAGUCCGGACUCUGAGUGGGGAGAUGGACGUUUGGUACAACCUGGACAAGAGAACUGAUAAGUCUGCUGUGUCGGGAGCCAUCCGGAUGCACAUAAGUGUGGAGAUCAAAGGAGAGGAGACGGUUGCUCCUUACCAUGUCCAGUACACGUGUUUACAUGAGCAUCUGUUCCAGUACACCACUGAGGAGCAGAAUGGCGGUGUAGUAAAGAUCCCUGAUGCCAAAGGGGACGAUGCCUGGAAGGUGUAUUUUGAGGAGACUGCUCAGGAGAUAGUGGAUGAGUUUGCCAUGAGAUAUGGAGUAGAGUCCAUCUACCAGGCCAUGACCCACUUUGCCUGCUUGUCAUCUAAGUACAUGUGCCCAGGAGUGCCGGCUGUGAUGAGCACCCUGCUUGCCAAUAUCAACGCUUACUACGCCCACACCACCCAGUCCUCCAACAAUGUUUCUGCCUCGGACAGAUUUGCUGCAUCAAACUUUGGCAAGGAGAGGUUUGUCAAACUGUUGGAUCAACUGCACAACUCGCUGAGGAUUGACCUGUCCAUGUACCGGAAUAAUUUCCCUGCCAGCAGUCCUGAAAGACUACAAGACCUUAAGUCUACAGUUGAUCUCUUGACAAGCAUCACAUUCUUCAGGAUGAAGGUUCAAGAGUUGCAGAGUCCCCCCAGGGCGAGCCAGGUGGUGAAGGACUGUGUGAAAGCCUGUCUUAACUCCACCUACGAGUACAUUUUCAACAACUGCCAUGACCUCUACAACAGGGAAUAUCAGACAGACCCUUCAAAGGCUGUCCCUCCGGAUGAGCAGGGCCCCAGCACCAAGAACCUGGACUUCUGGUCCAAACUUAUCACCCUCAUCGUUUCCAUCAUAGAGGAGGACAAAAACUCCUACACUCCUUGCCUUAAUCAGUUUCCCCAGGAACUGAACGUGGGCAAAAUCAGUGCCGAAGUCAUGUGGAACAUGUUUGCACAAGAUAUGAAAUACGCCAUGGAGGAGCAUGAAAAGAACCGCCUGUGUAAAAGCGCAGAUUACAUGAACUUACACUUCAAGGUGAAGUGGCUCUACAAUGAGUACUGCAAGGAGCUGUCCACUUUCCAGAAGCAUGUACCUGAAUAUCCAGCCUGGUUUGAACCAUUUGUCAUCAUGUGGUUGGACGAGAAUGAAGAAGUGUCCAGAGACUUUCUGCAUGGAGCCUUGGAGAGGGACAAAAAAGACGGGUUCCAGGUUACAUCAGAGCACGCUUUGUUCUCCUGCUCAGUGGUAGACGUGUUCUCUCAGCUCAAUCAGAGUUUUGAAAUCAUCCGCAAACUGGAGUGUCCCGACCCUCAGAUCGUUGGCAACUACAUGAAGAGGUUUGCCAAGACCAUUGGUAAUGUCCUGCUGUCUUACGCUGACAUCAUUGCAAAGGACUUUCCAAAUCAUGUCAAGAAGGAGAAAGUGCCAUGUAUCAUCAUCAAUAACAUCCAGCAGCUCAGAGUUCAGUUGGAGAAGAUGUUUGAGGCCAUGGGAGGCAAAGAUCUAAAUCUGGAGGCUAGUGACUUCCUCAAGGAGCUGCAGAACAAACUCAACAGCGUUAUGGACGACCUCAGCCGCAUCUUUGCUGUCAGUUUCCAGCCACAGAUCGAGGACAACGUAAGGCAAAUGGGAGACAUCCUAGCCCAGGUCAAAGGUCAAACUGUCCCGGCCAACGGCAGCGUGGUUCAGGAGGCCGAUAAUGUCUUGCAGCCCAUAAUGGACUUCCUGGACAGCAACCUGUCGUUGUUUGCUAAGAUCUGUGAGAAGACCGUCCUCAAGAGAGUGCUGAAGGAGCUGUGGAAACUAGUGAUGAAUACAAUGGAAAAAACGAUUGUGCUUCCAACUCUCACUGACCAGACGGGCACUCAGAUGAUCUUCAAUGCUGCUAAGGAGUUGGGCCAGCUCUCCAAGCUCAAGGAACACAUGGGCCGAGAGGAGGCCAAGGCUCUCAGUCCGAAACAGUGUGCAGUAAUAGAGCUGGCACUGGACACUAUUAAGCAAUACUUCCAUGCCGGUGGUGUGGGCCUGAAGAAGACGUUCUUGGAGAAGAGUCCAGACCUCCAGUCUCUGCGCUACGCCUUAUCUCUGUACACCCAGGCCACAGACAAGCUCAUCAGGAAGUUUGUCCUCUCACAGAGCGCUCAGGUCCACGGAGGGAAAGGGCUCCGGUGCACGGCAAAUGAAGACACACCACCAGAGAAAGCAUCUGGAGUGGAUGCAGUUGGCGAGGUGGUCAUGUGCGUGGACAUUUUACCCCAACCUAACGGAGAGCACAAGAUCAGUGUCAAAGUGGUGGCUGCUAAUGACCUACAGUGGAAGGCUCAGGGCUUCAGGCCCUUCGUGGAGGUCUACAUCAUCGGCCCUCACCUCAGCGACAAGAAAAGGAAAUUUGCCACAAAGUCCAAGAACAACAGCUGGUCACCAAAGUUCAUUGAGAGCUUCCAGUUCUCCUUGGGCACUGAGGUUGGUCCAGAGAGCUACGAGCUGCAGGUGUGCGUCAAGGACUACUGCUUUGCCAGAGAGGACCGCACUGUGGGCGUGGCCGUGGUGCAGGUGAAGGACAUAGCCAGCAAGGGCAGCGUCACCUGCUGGAUGCCGCUGGGCAGACGCGUCCACAUGGACGAGACGGGCCUGACCGUGCUGCGCAUCCUCUCUCAGCGCAACAACGACGACGUGGCGAAAGAGUUCGUCAAGCUCAAAUCGGACCAGCGCUCAGCUGAGGAGGGCCGUAGUUGAGGAGGACACGCGUGUGCACACAAACACCAGAGACGCACCUCUAAUAGCCACACCUACAUAGAUAAACACCUGUGUGCAAUACACAAGCACACACAUGAAGAUGCUCUAUUGUACAUAUACCUGCAUACAUUAUGCAACAUUCACAUUAUCAAUGCAAACGGAAAGGAAUAUGUUUAUACAUAUUCACGUUUAAUUUUGAAUAUUUCCACAGCUCAACUCAAAGCUUUCAGUUUACGGUUCGCCUCACAUUAAUUAGCAAGCGCUUGUCAACCCUUCACUCAAUCUUUCCACAUUGCACCUUUUAUACGCUGUACAUUUAGGUGUGAUAUAAUGCAACGCAGAACGACAACUAAACCAUGUGAAAGGUUUGAGGACGACCACUUUGCACUUUUGCUUCUCUGUGUCUUCAGGAGAACUGUCCUCGCCUCGCUAUGCUCUCCGUCCGUCCCUCUGUCUGCUUUCCUGCCCAACUGUGUGUCGUUCUUCCAGUACGUUGGUCUUUCUCUCCCCACCCCCACCCCCACCCCUCCUUGUCGUUUGCUCUGGGUAGUCCCCCCCCCCCCCCACCCAGUGUGAUGUUGCGUGGGUUGGAGUUCAGGCACAGAUCUAUGGUCAGCUCCCUUUAGCCCAAAAAAUUGGUGCAACGUCACUAGUCUGUCGGUAAAUGUACUAACGUCCUGCAUGUCGACCCCAGGAACACUGUGAUUCACUUUGCUGUAACCAUGGCAACCGUACCCCCUCCCACGUAAAAGUCGGGGGCCUUUUAAUAUUUUACCUGUGUGAGCAUGGUGCAUAUAUAACCCUGGUAUAAUACGGUUUUAUAAUUACGACCUAUCACGGAGCCCGAUGUGUGUUGAUAAAGAAGAAGGUCGUGGUCACAAUGUGCUUGUUUCUUUUUCUCUUCUUGCUUCACAUCACAACAAAUGAAGCAAUACCCCAGUGGCUAACACAUCCACUCCCCUAGAGCGCACAUUAACUCCAAAAAGGGCUACAGGAUUAGUGGUCUGGGAUGUUUGUUUAUGCACUAAUACAUACUGUCCAUGCUACUUUUGGCAAAGUGACCCCAACGUGCCCCCUCGUGCCCCCUCCUGCUCCUCCUGCUCCCCCUCCUCCUGCUCCUCCUGCUCCCCAUCCUCCUGCUCCUCCUGCUCCCCAUCCUCCUGCUCCUCAGCCUCCUAAGGUUUUUCAUGAGUGACACUAUGGAGGAGCCCAAAGGACGUGCGAUGUAGAAGGACACUUCCCUUCUGAUCGCCUGCACACUAAACCAUCUCUUUAAGGCAAUAGUGGUUUGUUUUGUAUGUUCACGGAACCUUGUGGUUUUUACGAAGAACAAACCCCCUGAGAACACUGUUGUGUCUUUGUUAUUGUGUGCGUGCGCGUGUGGGCUGAUUGUCACACCUGGAAAAAUGGGAUCUGAGAUUGUGAGCAAUAUAUUCUAUUUACACACCUACAUGUAUGCGCUGUCAAUAUAAAUACAGGAGCACCAACUGCAAUAUCCAGAUCCAAGGAAUGGGAAAGUUAUUAUGAUUGUUUUUAUUUUAUUUUAGUUAUGGACUCAAGCUUUUUCUCACAUUUUGGAUAACAAAGAAAGUGUUUUGUCCUUGAAUUCCUAUUUGCCUUUAGGACCAAAUUUGCACGAAGCAUAGCUUGUUUUCUUUUCUCAAAUAAAGAAGCCAUCGGAGUCACCGCCAGGCAUUUAUGUUGUUUUCAGUCUUGUGCGUUAAUGAACCCCUUUACAAAAAGAGCAAACACUAACGGUCACAGUCCGGCUAUGUGGAGCUUUUCCUGUCGCUGAGUCGAGCACCGACUGUCACUGCUGGCCUGUCACAUGGUGUCUUUUCUGAAUACUGUUGAAUUCUACCAAUAACAACACUUCUGAAUGUUAUUUAUCCUCAGCAGAGCCUUCUUUUUACGAGAGGGACAGUUCAACCCAAAAUCACGACUAGCUUGGGGACACCGACUCAUGCCUUUUUAAUAUAGGCAUCCAAAUUUCACUUAAAUAAAAUGGAUAAUUUUGGGUGAACUAGCUCUUUUAAAAAGAGCUUUACACCACUUUUAACUCUUUUAUGUGUUUUAAUAAGUAAUUCCAGGGUACAAGACAAAAGUUGACAUGUCAGGUUGUCCCUGAAAAAGCAGCAACAACAACAACAAAACCACAUUUCUAACCGAUCAUCCAGUUUCGGGCUCGUUGGUUGCCUGCUUCAUGUAUGUACGCACACACAUACUACUGCACACUGACGACACGCAGAGCUACACACGCAUCUACACAUCGAUCUCUGCUCAAGCACAAAAGGGCACAUGUAAGAUGACACAUGCAUGCAUGCACGCCGACACAACUCCGUGGAGACCAAUGACGCCCACCCUGUGAAUAGAAUCUACCUACAAUUGCAUGACGGGAAACUUUAUCGGGCCAGCACGUGUCUCUUUGAUGUAACUUUUUAAUUUCCUUUUUAUUUUUAAUUUCCAUAGCUAUGUAAUAAGUCAUCAAUGUUUUUUUUUUGUUUUUUUUAUUCAAAAGGCUUGUGAAUAUGUCAUCUGUAACCAAUAUGAAUGUAGUGUCAACACAGAACUCGCAUGAGAGAAUUAUUUUCUACAAAGGAUGUUUCUAAUUUGUUUCUUAUGAUUAUUGAUUGUUCUUCAAUGAGGAGAAAAGGGGAACUGGAAUGCAGCCUGAUUGUGAUCUGCUUCCUAUUAAAGGGACAUUUGUGUCAUGAUCUA